UGAUUGGUCGAGGUUUGCACCGACUGCGCUGAUUGGCUACACGGCUUGUUGUUAAACUCAUUUGCCCCGGAUGUAAACCUGAAGCUGCUUUGCUAACACGAAAGGUCCACUCAUUGAUACCUGUGGUCCGUCUCAACUGUGACAAUGUCUGACAGCGAUGGCCCAGAGCCUGCUGGACUGGAGGGUCUGCCACCAAUAUUCAGCAUUGCUAAGGGAGAGGUGGUCUCUGUGCAGACUUACGGAGCCUUUGUCAGGCUGCCAGGAUACAAAAAGGAAGGCCUGGUACACGUGAGUGAGAUGUCAGCCUCACGUGUUGAGAAUGCCUCAGAGAUUGUGGAUGUGGGAGAACAGGUGUGGAUUAAAGUCAUUGGGAGAGAGAUUCGGGGUGACAAGGUCAAAUUGUCCUUCUCAAUGAAAGCCGUCAAUCAGGGAACAGGGCGGGACUUGGACCCAAACAAUGUUAUGGCAGAGCAGGAUUCAAGGCGACGUAGGCAGUUUAGAGAUCACACGGGCAACAGGAUCACACUAGAGGCUGUGCUCAACACGACGUGCUCAAAGUGCGGCUGCAAAGGUCACUUUACAAAGGACUGUUUCUCUGCUCCGGGCUUGCAGUACGCUCUUUUGCCCGAAGAGGACGAUGCAGAGCCACAGCAGCAACAGCAGCAGCCCUCCACAGUUUCACAACAGCAAGACUCAGACAAAAAGAAGAAGAAAAAGAAGGAGAAGAAAAUGAAGAAGAAAAGAAAGAGGGAGAGGAAGGAGUCGGACAGCGACAGCAGCAGCGGCAGCAGCGAGUGCAAAUCCAAGAGGAGGCAUCGCGACCACUCUCCCGACAGAGAGGACAAAAAGAAGAAGAAACACAAGAAACACAAGUCACACAAACACAGCUGAGACACAGCUCAAAAACACACACACACACACACACACACACUGCAACUAUCAGACACAUGCGAAAGGGGAAGUGGGUAGCAUGAGACACAGUGACAGACUUCCAGCUGUGUGUCUUUUUAAGAACUAACGCUUAAUAUAGAAACCUUCAUUCAUCCACCGUGUCUUCAUAUCUUUGGAAGCACAUUCAGUCCUUAUCAUAUUUAUCACAAAUCACAAUGGGUCAAGAGGGAAAGCACUGUAAACAAAAAUCAGGUGAUAAGCCCCACAUGUCCGUAAGUAACCUCUGGCUCCCUCCACAGAGGGAGACAUUUACACAUCAUAUGUAAUCAGAUAGGCGUAAGCAAUAUGGCAGCAACUUGUUACCCCCCUUGAAAUCCACAUAUUGUUUACAGCGAUCGGGUUUCUUAAGCUCUUGGAAAUCCAUUAAGCCAUGAAGACAGUAAAGCUGACUCUUUGGAGGAUUUGACAUAAAAAAUCCUUAAAGAAAUCCACACACAGAAAGCUACAUACACACACACAGACUCACACACACACACACACGUAGGAAGUAGUAAAACACAAACAGGACGUGUAAUGCAGUGCGGGUGAGCAUGACAGGAACCUCAAGCUGUGAUGAUAUCCUGGGGUUGUCCACCGCUUAUUGUGCACUGGUGUGUACAUACAUAUGUGUGUUUGUGUAUGUUCUCAUCAGGGGGCUGAGUACUGUACACACACACAACCCCCUUCCUGCAUGUCAACUGUUAGCUCCAUUAAAGGUGUUUUUAUUUGUAA